UUCGAUUUUUUGGUAACCAUGGCGUUGCCCCGUUGUUAUCGCUAAGGUUAGCGAAAGAUUUUUGUCCAAACAUCUCAGCGGUGACCGAUGUGCAGCACGUUUGAAAACCAGUCAAAUCAAAGCGAGGAUGAGCUGGCCAAUAAAUUGGACCAGAAGGAGUGUGAACUCUUGUGGCCAAAUUUUGUGUCGCGAGUUUCCAGUCCUACAGUCAACAGCGUUCAACUUCAUUGGUCUUUGUUUGAAAAUGCCUCGGUCUACAGUAUAGAUAAGUUUCAUAUACGACUUGGCUGGUUACAGUUGGCUUGGACUGCCAGCUCUCCCAUAACUGUUACAAAUUUGGAAGAAAACUUCGGAUACCGACUACGUGUAAAGGCGCUGGAAGUCUCUAAGGAUGGACGUCGUUAUGUGCCUUUGGCUAUCUCUCCUGAAAUAAUCGCCUGCACGGCGGCCGCACUCCCAUCAACCCACUGCCUAAGCCGAGCCAUAAGAAAGGGGCAGCAAUUCCUGGUCAAAAGAAUGCUGCGGCGACGCCCGAGCCUGAUGGAAUAUCCGGCUGCCAACGGAUUCCUGCCACUUGCCAAUGCCAUUAUUCAGGGCGAGAUGUGCAUCAUUGACCUGCUGCUCUCGGCCGGUUGCAGCGUCCACAUCGGAAAUCCGGCCAGCGGCCGCACUCCUCUGCACCUGGCCUUCUACUACGGCCACCAGCCAUCCGCUCGCAUUCUGCUGAACAAGAAGGCCCGCCUGGAGGCAACGGACAGCAACGGCAUGACUCCCGCCCACUGCGCCGUGGAUGCAGAUCAGCUGGAAAUGGUCAAGUUCGGUCUCGAAGCGGGAGCGAAUGCAGAGGCCAGAGACCUCUGCGGCUGGACCCUUCUUAUGCGCGCAGUGGUUAUGAACGCUGGCAUGGAGCUCAUCAAAGUCCUUGUUACGCACGGCGCAGACUUGGAGGCUGUGGAUGGUGUUGGCAAAACUUGCACCGACUUGGCGAAACUUUAUCACAGACAGGAUGCAAAGGAUUACUUUGACAAGGUGCAAAAGUUUAGGCUGGGGAAAUCAGUCGCGACCUCAGACGCAGGGACAAAGGCCCAAAUGCAAUAACAAGGCACACCGAAGAAGUUUCAGGAGGCGUGCUCUGGCACGGUUCAGGAUUAAGUAUAAGUUAAAACCUUUUAAUUCAGCUUUCCAAUAACGACAUUCAUCUCAAGGUUUAUGGAGCAAAUCGUUUAAAACAACCCCACAGUUAUCUUCGGUGUAUUCAAAUGAUUACAAAUUCAACGAAAGGUAAUAAAUGACUUAGGCCGUUAUAGAUAGUUAAAUUGGUACGAAAGG